ACCAUGGCUCUGUCCUUGGAAUUAGAUGUGCUUUGAUUGAGGUGUUUCCAGAAAAAAGAUAAAAGAAUAAAAGGUGAUAACAAUUUAUUGAAAAUAAAAUAUUCAUCCCAAUUAAAGCUGACGACUAGUCAAAAUCUUCUGUCCCCAUUGAAGCUUUCUUAUAUAUUUCCCUGGUUUAGUUAGAAACUUAAUCGUUAACCCUCAUUGUUGUUCUCCUUCCCUACCCAAAAUUUUAGCAUGCCCAAAUUAAAAGCAAAACUGCCAUUGUUGGGUCACCUAAUGCCCGAUUUUGCUUUAUUUGUAAUUCUAUUCCCUGGUGUUUGUCUUGCUAGGCAACUUAUUAACCAAGAUUGCGGCUCUACUUUCUGUGGGAAUUUGAAUAUCAGUUUUCCAUUCCGAUUAAAAAACCAACCUCCCCAGUGUGGUCUCUAUGACUUUGAACUUGAGUGUGAGAACAACAAUCGCACCACUGUUGUUGCAAGAGAAGGGAAAUUCUUUGUCCAACAAAUCUUUUAUGAAAAUUAUACAAUACAAAUGGUCGAUACAAGCUUGGACACGGAUGAUUGCAACUCCCUUCCUCUUAGUUCUCUCUAUUAUAACUAUUAUAUGUAUGUUGUGAAUUGUACGGAACCUAUAAAUUCAUCACUUUAUAUUGAGGCUUCUCGUUGUACCACCAAAUCCAAUACCUCUUCUUCCCUUCCAACUUCCCAUUUCUAUUUUUUAGAUGCAAAAACUCGUCCAUCUGAUUUCAAUCAAGCUUGCACUAUUGAAGCGGAGGCGCCAAUUAUGGUUGAGAAUAUAACAGGCAUGUCUACGCCGGAUAUCUACAAGAAACUAUUAGAAGGUUUUUGGGUUGAAUGGAGUAGAUGCCAGUACCAGAGCUGUUAUAAACCAGAUGUGUUAAAAGAAGUAUUGUCAAGGUUGAAAUUUGCCUUCAGAAACUAUAUGGACAGCUUUGUACAUUUCCUUUCCAUGGCCCCAUGUCUACUACGAUAUCAAUGAUUCUAUACCAAGAA